AUGGCCUCAAAGGAUGAAUACAUGUAUCCUGAAAGCAACCUCACAUGGCGAAUUCUCAAUCAUGCCAGCAAGCAUAACUACGCUGUCGGAGCCUACAACUGCUACAACACCGACGGCGUAAUGGCCGUAAUCCGCGCCGCCGAACGCACACGCUCCGCAGCAAUCAUUCAACUCUUCCCCUGGACAAUGCAUUUCCAAGGUCCUGAGUUCAUCCGCUACGUAGUCCGCAGCGCUCACGCUGCACACGUCCCCAUAGCCGUGCACCUCGACCACUGCAUCAAGGCCGACGAUGUCGAGUUGGCGCUGACUCUGCCGUUCGAUUCCAUCAUGGUGGAUGCGUCGACGCUCGAUGAGGAGGCUAAUAUCAACUACUGUAAAGGAAUCGUGCAGCGAGCUCGUGCUUUGAAUAUUACCAUCGAAGCGGAGAUGGGACGUAUUGAGGGCGGCGAGGACGGUUUGCCUACGGUCGAUAUGGAGGCUGUGAUGACGAGGGAGGAUCAAGCGGAGGAGUUCGUUCGGCGCACCGGGGUGCAUUUUCUGGCGCCUUCGUUUGGGAAUAUUCAUGGUGGAUAUCCGGAGGGAGGGGCGGAGAGGGCGUGGGAUUUGGAGAGACUCGCAGCCAUCGGGAAGUCACUAUCCCCGACCAUUCCCUUGGCACUUCACGGAACGCACCCUGUCUCUGACGAGCUCUUCUUGGAAACGAUUCAGUGCGGUGUUCGGAAGAUCAACCUGAAUCGGACUGUGCGGGAUGAAUAUACGAAAUUUGUUGCUGAAAAUACCGGAUCCAUGGAGCUGACUGUGCUCAGUGUUCAGGCCGUGGAGGUCUAUACCAAGUCGAUUGUGCGGAUGAUGGACGUGCUGGGGUCAUCAGGACGCUAUUGA